GUUUAGUUGAAAAGUUCGGUGUGUGCAUACGUGUGUUCGAAGGUUUUAUUCUAAAAAAUUAUUUUUCAAGUUGUAUAAUUUAUUAAUAUUUUUUUUUUAAUUAUUAUAACAAAUGUAAAUUUCGUCUAUUCUAAUUCCGAGAAAACGAAACUUGAUUUUUUUCUUUUACCCUUCUCGUUUUUAUGAAUUGUGCUAUUGGUGGUUAUUCAAUUAUUUCAAAUUCAAUACAAAAGCAUUACAUAUCUAUAAAUAUGUAUCAAAAAAUGCAAAAAAAACACUUCGUUUAAUGUAGAAGUAAUGAAAAGUGAAUGGUUUUCAGCAUAAAUACACAUAUACACAAUAGUUUGUACAAAAUAAACAGAAAAAAAGGAAAAAUGAAUGUGUAUAAAAAGAUUGCAAGUAAAUUUCCCCCACAAAUUGCUUAUUGUAUUGCCUAUGGAUCUGGAGUAAAACAACAACUUGGAUAUGAAAAUGUAAAAAAGAAAUCUAAAAUGAUUGAUCUGGUAUUUUGUGUGCGAAAUACAGAAGAAUGGCAUUCAAAAAAUUUAUCAUUACAUCCAAAUCAUUAUUCUGGAUUAAAAUUUUUUGGUAAUAAAUUUAUAACUGAUUUUCAAAAAAAUUAUGGAGCAAAUAUUUAUUGUAAUACUUUAGUAAAUUUAGAAGAUUUAAAUUUGCAAAUUAAAUAUAAUGUCAUAUCAAUUGAUAAUUUUAUUGAUGAUUUAUGUAAUUGGACACAUUUAUAUAUGGCUGGACGUAUGCAUAAACCAGUUUCUAUUGUCAUUAAUGAUGGUGAAAAAAAAUUGCAACAAGCAAUACAGAAAAAUUUAUUGUCAGCAUUACACGUUUCUUUAUUGUUACUACCAAAAAAAUUUAGUUCGUAUGAUUUAUUUUAUAAAAUUUCUGAGUUAAGUUAUAAAGGAGAUUUUCGUAUGAUAUUUGGCGAAAAUAAAAAUAAAGUACAUAACAUAGUAAGUCCACAGUUAAAAGAAUUCUAUGAAUUGUAUAAAAUACCAAUAAGUAAAAUAUCGUCUUGCGUAACGCAAAUACAAAAUAAUAAUGAUGAUAUUAGAAAAAUAUUAUAUGAGCAAGAUAAAUCUAAAAUAUCAAUUAAAGAGCACAUAAAAGCAUUACCGAAUAACUUAAAAUUUAUUGUUAUUAAAAACUUCGCCAAAAUUAGUGAUAAAAAUCACAAAAAUGAAAUAUUAAUGGAAUUAGAGAAUAUUGAUGAUAUCAAAAAUGAAAAAACUGAAGAAAUAAUUGAAAUAAUUUCAAAUAAUGAAAAAACUUGUAAUAAAUUAAUUUCUAAAUCAGUUGAUGAAAUUGUUUGGCGUAGUAGCAUCACACAAUCAAUAAAAAAUAUUCCGACAGCUGGUAUUUUAAAAUCUAUUUUCUAUAGUUGGAAAAAAGCUUUAAAAACUUUUAAUUAAAAUAAAUUUCAAUUCAAUUUAUAGUAAUUAUAUUGAAUUUUGAUUAUGUAGGCAAAGUACUAAUUAUGUACAUAGAACUUUUAUGAAAGAAAAUUUAUGAUAUGAUAAAUAAUUUGUUGAUUGUUAUUGUUCAAAAUGUUCUUAAGCAAAUGGAUUACUUACCUAUUACUUAUAGUAACAUUGUACAAACUUCUUCUAAAGGAACUCUAAUUCAAAUACAUCAAAUUUAGGUUAUGAAAAUAAAAAAGAAAACAAUAAUAUUCGUAUCAAUUAAGAUUAAGAAAUAACAUCUG